GGUGCAACAACAGACUUUCUCCUCUUCUCCUCUUCCUAUUGGUUUCCUGCUGCACGCAAGACAGAUUCAGAGAGACAGACAGGAGAGGGAUAACCCCGCUCUUAUAUCCAGGAGAAGCUGCCUCUCCUUUCAGACGCACCUUUCCCCUCAAAGCUGCUCGGAGCUCCGGAGAAACACACCGAGCUUUGGGACUCAAUCAAUCCGACUUUAGAGGCUCUGCACCCGGAACCAUGAAGACUCUCCUGCCUCUGCUGGUCCUCCUCCAGCUGCUCAUCGCUCCAGCGCUCACGUUGCCCAGCGUGGAUCACUGGGACACCUGGGGUCCGUAUGGAGAAUGUAGUCGGAGCUGUGGUGGAGGGCUGACCAUGAGGAGCCGACGCUGCCUCACCCUCAGGACCGAUGGAGGACACAACUGUGUGGGACCAGAGAAGUCUCACCGCACCUGCAACAUCCAGGACUGUCCCGAGGGAUCGAAGGAUUUCCGCGAGGAGCAAUGCUCCCAGUUCGACGGGACCGACUUCCAGGGGAAACUCUACAAGUGGCUGCCUUAUUACGGAGCGGAGAACCCCUGCGAGAUGAACUGCAUCCCCAGAGGAGAAAACUUCUUCUACCGCCACCGCAGCUCCGUGGUGGACGGGACGCCGUGCCACCCCGGCCGCAAAGAUGUGUGUGUGGAGGGAGUCUGCAAGCGUCUGGGCUGUGACAACAUGCUGGAGUCGGCCCAGCAGGAGGACCCCUGCCUGCAGUGCGGGGGCAACGGACAGUCCUGCUCCCAGGUGAAGAACAGCUUCACUGUACAAGACCUGCCCACAGGCUACAACCAGAUGUUCAUCAUCCCUGUCGGAGCGACCACCAUCAGCAUCAGAGAAACCGUGGCCACACGCAACUACAUCGCUAUCAAGAACCUGCGCGGGGAGUACUACCUCAAUGGACACUGGGUAAUUGAGUUUUCCAGAGCGACCCCUGUUGCCGGGACGAUGCUUUACUACCAGAGAGGAGCCGAGGGAGACAACGUCCCCGAGACCCUCAUCGGCCGCGGACCCACCACCGAACCUCUCGUGGUGGAGCUGAUCAGCCAGGAGCCGAACCAGGGCGUGGAGUACGAGUUCUACCUCCCCAACGGACGCUCCAGACAGGGAUACUACUGGAGCUUUGGGUCCUGGUCGACCUGCAGCAGGGAGUGUGGAUCAGGCUACCAGUCUCGUCUGGUGUUCUGCACCAUCGAUAACGAGUCGUACCCAGAUUACCUGUGUGCGUCUCUGCCGAGGCCGCAGAACAACCGCACCUGCAACCCCCACACCUGCCCCCAGACCCGCAGCUGGCAGAGUGGAGAGUGGAACGCCUGCUCUGUGACCUGUGGCGGAGGCUCUCAGGUGCGCAGCGUGCAGUGCGUUUCCCAUGAUGCAGCGGGGCCCCGUGUGGUGGAGGACGCUGUGUGUGCCGCGUACGCCGAGGCCCCCCUCGCCCUGCAGACCUGCAACAUGCAGAAGUGUGCCGAGUUCAGAGCGACCCGCUGGAGCGCGUGCUCAGUGAGCUGUGGUUCAGGAGAACAGACCCGGGAUGUGAGCUGUGUUGGAUCAGGAGGGAUGAGACUGGAGGAGACCGCCUGCAGCGCUCUGAGUCGCCCCACCGCCGCCCGGACCUGCACCCAGCCGCCCUGCAUCAGCACCCCCCCGAUCAGCACCCGUCCAAUCAGCUGGCACCUCGGAGACUGGGGACUGUGCUCCAGGAGCUGUGGAUCCGGCUCUCGGGAGCGUCAGGUGAUCUGCUCGGACCGCGAGAGGAACCUGUACCCUGUGAGCGAAUGCAACGCUCACCCCAAACCCUCCACCAUGGAGCGCUGCAACACCCAGUCCUGCUACAGCCCGCAGGUGGUUCCCAGCAUCCAGGACUCACGAGGACACGACAACACUCAGACUGUUUUCCAGCCCUACUCACCGGACCAGUCCACAGCCCGCCGCCCUCAGACCCCAGUGGUGCAGGACCCCCAAGGCUCGGCCCCCGCUCUGCACUGCAGCCAGGGCCCGUACGGCUGCUGCCCCGACGGACGCACUGCAGCCGGGGGCCACCAGGGGCUGGGCUGCCCCCGGCCCCCCCCCCCCACCGCCGUGCAGCCGCACUGCAGCCAGAGCAGUUACAGCUGCUGUCAGGACGGAGUGACGCCGGCUCAGGGUCCCAGCAGAGAGGGCUGUGCAGAGUACUCAGCUCCUGCUCCCACGACGGCUUCCUCUCUCCCCUCUGAGAACGCCGCUCAGUGCAAACUCACCACCUACGGGUGCUGCUACGACCGCACCACGCCAGCAGGGGGUCCCAACGGAGAGAGCUGCCCCAACCCCCCCAACCACAUCGAGCGCUCCUUCUGCUCCCUCCCUCGUGCCGCCGGCUCCUGCUCCAGCUGGACGCCUCGAUACCACUUCGACGUGCUCACAUCCAAGUGCCUUCACUUCUGGUUCGGCAGCUGCCACGGCAACAGCAACAACUUCAUGACCCGGGCCGAGUGCCAACGGGCCUGCACGGUACCGGCACCGAGCCACACGGGCCCCGCACCCCCCCCAGCCCCCGCUGCACCGGCCACCCCAAGGAGGGAGCCCAGCGGGGGGAGAACAGCUGGAACUGGAACUGCAUCAUCGGGUGCAGGCUCCACGUCUGGAGGGUCCACAGGUGCAGGGUCUCGUGACAUGGGGAGGGUCUUCACGGUCCAGGGCGGCUCCAGACAGGCCACCAGCGCCGCCACGCAGGCCCACAGAGCGAGGAUCCUCCGCACCCGCAGACCCCCCCCCUCCACUGCCACUCAGCACACCGGCCCCGCAGCCAGCCUGACUCUGGGGGGGGUGAGCAUCGAUCAGACGGACCCCUCCUCGGUGGAGGCGUUGGUGGGACAGACGGUGGUGCUGCCCUGCAGAGUCAGCCCCCCCCCAUCCUCCACUGUGAAGGUGGAGUGGAGACGAGACGGAGUGCCCCUGUCCACACGCAGGCACCACCAGCAGCCCAACGGCUCCCUGCUGGUCGGCCCUCUCUCUCUGCUGGACUCUGGAUGGUUUCUGUGUGUGGCGACUCGAGAGCAGAAGAGAGACCACCGCUACAUCGACCUGUCCGUCUCAGUGGGUUCUUCGCUGAUGCCCAGAGAUGGUCCUGUCCCUCGGUUCAGUAUCGACCGCUCGGGCUCCUCUCAGCUGGAGAUGCGUUCAGGACAGACGGCCCGGCUCUCCUGCACCAUCGCCCCCCCCUCCGCCCUGCAGGCCGUCAGCAUCCAGUGGACCAAAGACGGGCAGACGCUCAGCGACCCCCGGUUGACGCAGCACUCGGACGGCUCUCUGAGCAUCGUCUCUCUGCAGGCUGCUGACUCAGCGUUCUACACCUGCACCGCCUCCUCUGAGCAGCAGCUGGAGCAGAGGACGCUGCAGCUGAAGGUGCAAGCGGACCUGAAGAUCACCACGGCUCCGAACAACAUCCAGGUCCCUGAAGGCAGCACGGCUCUGCUGCCCUGCGUCGUCUCCGGGGACAACGUGAACAUCGGCUGGUCCCGAAACGGCAUCCCGGUGCGUCCGGACGGCCGUCUCGUCCUGAAGUCGUCUGACGGCAGUUUGAUCCUGAACAGCGUGACGCCUGCAGACGAGGGAACCUACACCUGCAACGCCUACACCGGCAUCUACUCUGUGAGCGCCACGGCCGAGGUCAAGGUCACCAAACACACGCAGCAAGAUGAGGACGUCCCUCCGGAGUGUGUGGACCAGCCGGAUCUCGCUAACUGCGAUCUGAUCGUCUACGCCCGGCUCUGCUCCAACUCGUAUUACUCCAGCUUCUGCUGCGCCAGCUGCACCCGCCACUCUCUGAGGAGGAGGAGGGGGGGCAGGCUCUGGUAGAGAGACACUGAGGGAUGAAGUGGAGGGGAGGACUGCUUUUUAAAAACACUGAACUUCUGCCAAAAGGGACUUAACGAAACACUGCUUUCUGCAGCUAACGCAGAAUCACAUGAGAGGAGAAGAAGGGACGGAUUACUGUUUUUAAAGUUCAGGGAGUCUGUUCGUACACUGCUGCAAAAACACUGAAUAUAAAAAAAGUCACAUAGUAUUUAUAUCACAGUUUGCACAAUCAUCAUCACUCUUGGUUUUUUCCUUGCCAAAUAUACCGUUCCAUUCAUAAAUCUGGUAUUAUAUUUGGUGGAGUCUCAAAAACGUAGGUGCAAACCCCUCGGCAGGACAUACAUUUUUACUGAUUAAAUAAAAAAAUGUGGCUUUAAAUGAAAUGGAAAGUCUGUUGAAACUUUCCUCCUCUCUGAAAUAAGUUAUUCACUCCACAUGUUCUCUGUUUUCUAGAGAAUGAUUACAUUUAUUCCCUCCCAGCUGUCUGUUGUUUUGACCACUGCUCUUUUUUUAAGUUUCACUGAUAUCGGGUUGUAUUUUCUCUUUGUGAUGUUUUAUUUUUA